AUGCUUCGGACCCUGAGCAAACGACAAAAAGGUGGAGGAACAGAGCCAAGUGCACCUCCAUUAUCUUCUAAACCACCACCAGACCCAUCUAGAAAUGUUGAUAAACCACCUGAUUUUCCAAGACAAAUAGAGCCAGUGAGGCGUGCUCCAGAGCCACCUAGAUCCUAUCAGAAUACACGUUCUUCUGUAAUAACACAACCAUCAGAACCUGUGAGGCGUGCUCCAGACCCACCCAGCGCCUUCCGGAAGGCAAAAACAAUCCGACCAGCAGAACCUACUAGAAGUUCUGAAGUCGCAAGACAAACGCCGAACGAUUCCCUCCCUCCAGACUUUGGAAGAAUCGUAUGGAUCACUGACCCGGAAGAUGGAUUUCGUGCUGCUCAAAUAAUAGAUCUUUCCAAAUCUGGAUUCACACUGACUCUUCUGAAUUCCAAGGAAACUGUCACUAGAAAAUAUGAAGAAGUUUUCUCAAGUGAGGAUGACCCUUUUAAAUCGGUAGAGGAUAAUUGUGCACUGAUGCAUUUGAAUGCAGCAACACUGUUGAAUAAUUGUAGGCUGCGCUACAAAAACGGAAAAAUUUAUUCUUAUGUCGCUAACAUUCUCAUCUCUAUAAACCCAUAUCAAACAAUUGAUGGCUUCUAUUCAACACAAAAAAUCAAAGAGUAUCGUGGAAAGUCACUUGGACAGAAGGAACCACACAUUUAUGCGAUUGCAGACAAAUCGUAUCGAGAAAUGAGGAGACAUAGAAAACCACAAUCGAUCAUAGUGUCUGGAGAGUCGGGUGCUGGAAAAACAGAAUCACAAAAAUCGGUUUUACGAUAUUUGUGUGAGAAUUGGGGCGCGGAGGCUGGUCCAAUUCAACAGAGACUCCUGGAAACUAAUCCAGUUCUGGAAGCAUUCGGAAAUGCAAAAACUUUGAGAAACAACAAUUCCAGUAGAUUCGGAAAAUUCGUGCAAAUUCAUUUUGGUGAGAAGGGAAACGUCGCAGGUGGAUACGUGUCUCAUUAUCUUCUGGAAACUUCUAGAAUCUGUCGCCAGGCUUCUGGAGAAAGAAACUAUCAUAUUUUUUAUCAGCUUAUAGCGGGGACCCCUCCUGAGCUAUACACCUACCUGGCAUUGGGACAACCUCAUUGUUUUAAUGUAAGCUUUGAAGAUUCCAUCCAUCCUCUGAUUUUAAAUAUUUUCCAGUACCUCAAAAAUUGUUUCGUUGGCUUUUUCACCCACCCAAAUUCGACUUCUGCUACUAAAAUUCCCAAAUCCAGAUGGUCUGACUCUCGAUUCUCACAAGAUUCCAUGGUUGAUGACUUUUUGGAUUUCCAAAGAUUGGAAAAUGCUCUAAUGUUGUCUGGCUUGAAAGAAAAGGAGAUUAUGUUCAUUUGGACUACUAUCGCUGGAGUGCUACACUUGGGAAAUAUCGAGUUUGAGGAGAAUAUUGGAGACUCCAAAGGUGGAUGUAGAGUUUCUGGAGGAAGUGAAGGAGCCGUAGAGCAGGCAGCAAGACUUUUGGGUCUUGAGACAAUGGAGUUGAAAAUGGGAUUGUGUGCAAGGAUUAUGCAGACCAAAGGAGGCGCCCGUGGAACAUUAAUUCGUGUCCCUCUGAAGUCCCAGGAAGCCUAUGCCGGCCGUGAUGCCCUCUCGAAAGCCAUCUACACAAAACUGUUUGAUUGGCUCGUCUCCAGAAUCAAUCAAAGCAUUCCAUUUGAGAAGAGCACUCACUUUAUUGGAGUUCUCGAUGUUGCUGGUUUCGAAUACUACGCUGUAAACUCAUUUGAACAAUUCUGCAUCAACUUUUGUAAUGAGAAGUUGCAAAACUUUUUUAAUGAGCGUAUACUAAAAGAAGAACAAGCAUUGUAUGAGAAAGAGGGGUUGAAUGUGAGGAGGAUUGAAUUUGUGGAUAACCAGGAUUGCAUUGAGCUGUUUGAAAUGAAGAGUACGGGACUUUUUGAUCUACUCGAUGAAGAAGCACGUCUGCCGACACCUAGUUUCAAGAAUUUCACAAAAAGAGCUCAUGAGAAGAAUCGGCAACAUUUCAGACUAGAUAAGAACUCUGAUUUUCAGACUCCCCGCAAGUCUAAAGUCAAAUCUCAUAGAGAAAUGAGGGAUGACGAGGGGCUACUCAUUCGUCACUAUGCUGGAUCAGUGUGUUAUGAGACUAAACAUUUUGUAGAGAAGAAUGACGAUCAAUUGCAUAACUCACUCCAGAUUCUGAUUGAGCAAUCAACAUCUUCUCUUCUAGUUUCUCUCUUCCCAUCAUCAACCUCUUCAGAUUCGAUCAAAUCGGGAAACAAGUUAAAAUCUCAAAGCGUUGGAUCCAAGUUCAAAUCACAGUUAUCAGUUCUUUUAAAGAAACUAGACUCCACGGGAACUCAUUUUGUUAGAUGUAUCAAACCGAAUAACCAAAUGACCCCUUGGCAAUUCGAUGGAUCAGCAAUCCUUUCUCAACUCCAGUGUGCAGGAAUGACAUCAGUGUUGAAACUAAUGCAAGACGGUUUCCCGAGUAGAACAUCGUUCGGCGACCUAUAUCCCAGCUAUCAGAGAAACUUGCCUCCAAAAUUAGCUAGAUUGGAUUCUAGGCUGUUUGCGAAGUGUCUGUUUAGAGCACUUGGUUUGGAUCAACACGAUUUUCAGUUUGGUCUAACCAAGGUAUUCUUCAGAGCUGGAAAAUUUGCAGAGUUUGAUCAGGUAAUAAAGAUUAGCUGGCAACUACUCAAACUUUUGAAUUUUCAGAUGAUGAGACAAGAUCCAGAACAUAUGAUGUCACUGAUCAACAAAGUGAAUGACUGGCUAGUGAAGUCUCGCUGGCGACAGGCACAGUAUGCAGUCUGGAGUGUGAUCAAAUUGAAGAACAAGAUCGCCUAUCGGAAUGCGCAGGUGACCAAGCUUCAAUCCAUGACCCGUGGAUAUCUGGCCCGUCAGAGGUACUCUAGACAAAUUGCAAUCUACCGGAAAUCAUGUAACCUAUUGAGAAACUCUAAGGAAAUUGAAAAGAUUCUCUCUCAUUUGAAUGAAAACUCACGGGCCAAGUGGACUAGCUCCGCACACCUCACAAUCAAGGAUCUAGAGAAACUAGUGAGCCAUGUGAGGCUAGCAAGUGUAGAUCAGAUAGAGAAAGCGGAGAUUGCAUACGAACAUUAUGUGAAAAGAGUGGAUUCGAUGAUAUUGGAUUUAAGAAGGCAACAGAAAAGUGAUGAGGUUGAAGAACUGGAAAGGAAAAGGAGACAAGAAGAAGAAAACGAAAGAGUUAUGAUAGAGGAGAAAGAAAGAUUAAAACGCAUGGAAGAACAAAAGGCAAGAAUUCAAAAAGAGCAUGAAACUCAACUGGUGGAACAAAUCAAAAAAGCUGCCAAAAAAAAAGAAGAGAACGAGAAGAGUGCUCAACAGGAGAAACUGGAUGCAAUAGUUCCUAAUAGUUUAGCAGAUUCUGAUGGUAUUGCUUUAGUGAUGUCUCCAGAAUCCGGGUCAAGUUCUGGAAACUCCACAUUGAAGGGGAAAUACGAUUUGGCUCAUUGGAAGUAUGCAGAACUGAGAGAUGCGAUUAACCAUAGCAUGGAUAUUAAUCUUCUCGUGGCUUGUGAAGAAGAAUUCAGACGACGUCUUCGUAUUUAUAACGAGUGGAAGUCAAGAAAUGCGUCAAAACGCGAUGAGCCAGCACCUGCGAGAGCGCCGUUGAGUGUAUAUGAUUCGUCCGGCUCAACUAGACAAUAUCAGCAGAGAUAUUUCAAAUAUAUAUUCGAUGCGGGAGCUCAACUAGACUUUUCCUUCUCUGGAAAAACUGGAAUGUGGUAUGCCCACUUUUCUGGUGAACAUAUUCAUCGUCAGAUCACAAUCCGCCCAUCCCAAAUGCCUCAAUUGAUGAUAGCAGGCCGCGAUGACCUACAAAUGUGUGAGCUGACACUUCGAGAGACUGGUCUCGAACACAAGCCGGGAGCUGAAAUUACAGAAGAAGAGUUUGAGAAUCAGUGGAAAAUGGCUGGAGGGAAUUAA